CUCACACGCUACCCUUUGUGGAUAAUGACCAUGAAAGCGGUGUUUUGGGUGUAGUGAGUUUGUAAGGUCUGAGACAGGAGGUGGUUGUAAAGAACAGUGAACUCUUUCCUCAUUGGCGCCAAUUGGCAUCUGCGUCACUGUGAUGAGGCACGGUGAAGAUGGCUGGACCAGCACAUGAUAGUACGGGGGUGGGGGGGUGAGCUGUAUACCGAAACCUGCAAUAAAUAAAUAAAGGAGAAGGUCACAUGACCCUCAUGGCUGUCACAGGGUUCCUCUCUCCUUGGUGUCUGGUUACGUUCAAGGAUCAAGUUCUAGCAUACUGACUGGUGAAUUAUUAAACCUCCUUGUGGCGUUCUCAUCCCUUCACACUGGACAUGUUUCUUCCUGGUGUCCUGCUGUGCCAGGUAGAGAGUGUCUCAACCCAUCUAGGUCCUCGCAAUUGGAUUCUCAGGAGAGUUUUGAGGACAACUCGUCCUCUCCCUGCCAACUUCUCGAUCUCUGGGAACCCCUCACCUCCCUGCAAAAGGCUGGUGAGAUGGAGCAGUCCUACAGAUCCACAAUCUCCAUCUAUAAGAGCAUCUUGGAGCAGUUUAACCCUGCCCUGGAGAACCUGGUCUACCUGGGCAAUAACUACGUACGCGCUUUCCAUGCACUGUCUGAGGCAGCUGAAGUCUAUUUUAAGGCAAUACAGAAGAUUGGGGAGCAAGCACUGCAGAGCUCCACCUCACAAAUGCUGGGUCAAAUUUUGAUGCAGAUGUCUGACACGCACAGGCAUAUGAACUCUGACCUGGAAGUAGUGGCUCAGACAUUCCACGGAGACCUGCUGCAGCACAUGGAGAAAAACACCAAGCUGGACAUGCAGUUCAUCAGCGACAGCCAUCAGCGCUACGAACUGGAGUACCGGCACAGGGCUGCCAACCUGGAGAAGUGCAUGUCGGAGCUGUGGAGGAUGGAGAGGACUCGAGACAAAAACGUCUGGGAAAUGAAGGAGAAGGUGAGGCGCUUGCACACGGAGAUGCAGGCAUUUGUCUCUGAGAGCCAGAGGGCUGCUGAGCUGGAGGAGAAGCGCCGCUACCGCUUCCUGGCUGAAAAGCACCAGCUGCUCUCCAGCACUUUCCUUCAGGUCUAUAGCAGGGCCUGGGGCAUCAUCCAGAGCAAGGUGCCAAAGUGGAAGGAGCAAUUGGAGGCCAUCCGCAAUCCAAGCAGCAGACACUCCCCAAGCCUGCUCAAUGCCUCCCAUGGCCAGGGGUAUCCGUCAGGCCGCCUGACCCCCAGCCACCUUGACAUGCCUCAGAGGCCUCUGGGAGAUUUUGGCUCAGCCAUGACUGGACGUAAUUCAAGCCACUUCCCCCAGGAGCCUGCAGAACUUCUUAGACCCUCUCCUCAGCCAGAGCCAACCAGGAGAGGCUUGCCGAAGACUUCAUCUGCUGGCUCGCCCUCCGCCGGCCAGCUCUCACGCUCCAGCUCCUUCGGGGAGCGGGCAGGAGGAGACGUGGGAGGAGGCAGCAGCGUGUUGAGAGUCCAGGCAAUCGUGCCCCACUCUGCUGGCACCAACCGCACCUUGCUAGGGUUCAACUUUGGGGACAUCAUCACGGUGCUGAUCCCAGAGGCGCAGAACGGCUGGCUGUACGGCAAGCUAGAGGGAUCAUCCACGAGUGGCUGGUUCCCCGAAGCUUUCAUAAAGCCCCUGGGGGGAGCAAGAGACCCGAAGGAACCACCCACCAGGUCCUUCCCGCUGCGUAGCAGUCACAGCAUGGAUGGCCUGGAUUGCCCCAGUGUCCCAUCAGCAGGAAAUUACCGACACAACGCUGCCUCGCUCCCUUCACCAAGCCCUUCUCCAGCCUCACUUGGUGCUGGCAGCCGCCGGAGCAGCUUGGCUAGCACUGCCGCUCCUUCAGAUUCCAAGAAGUCAGCUGUGCAGGAGCAGCCCCCAGAACUCUUCCCCCGCGGCACCAACCCGUUUGCCACGGUAAAGCUGCGCCCCACCGUCACCAACGACCGGUCAGCACCCAUCAUCCGGUGAAAGGGGGCCGUGGAGAGCAGCGGAUUCUGCGGGGGUUGACAGCAGCAGAGGUGGUAGAAACGCACAGUCCCUUCCCAUUCCUGGGCCACUGUGACCUCGGUUGGCACUAACCUAGUGCAGUUUCUCAGGGCGCGCCUCAGUCUUACUCCCUGUGUCUGGCACACUCCAGCAGUAAAUAGAUUCCCUGGUUUUCUUUGGCGUGUGUGAUGCUGGUCACGCUGAGCGGAAGGCGUCUCCAGGAUACUGGUGCUGGUAGCAUGGGCAGGGGGUUGCUUAUGCCUAAGCACUGGGAGCUGGAGGAAGGCACGUCCCUCAUUGGUCUGUGCACCUGCGCCGCAUGGGGUGAUAUUGGCAGGGGAAAAGGAGAACCCUACCCAGCCCCUACUCUCUGUUGUAAAGUACUGAGGGUUAUUUGGCCACUGAGCAGAUUCCUGACCUACGUUUGGGGUUAAGUCCCUGCAUGAUGGGUCAGCAGGUAACUGCACAGCAGGGGUCUUCUCCUUUCAGCUCCUCGCCCCAGAGCCUUUGGCAACUGGCCACUGAGUUUCAAAGCGCUUUGUGGGGAGGAUGCCUGCCCGUUCGCAGUGCCCUCUCCUCCACCCCCUUGUUUGGUAGCCCCAGGGUUGGAUUAA